AAAGUCUCUCCCAGUGGACCAAUUAAAUGUUCAUCAAGUGUAUCAUAAAAAUCCCAAUAAAUUAUAGUGAAAUGCAAAAAUAAAAGAGGUGUAUGUGUGUCGAGAAAAGUCUGAUAAAUUCAUUUUCAAUUACAGUGAAGUGCAAUAGCAAAGAUAACGAAACGGAAAAGGCAAAGAAAAAGAAAACGCUAAGCCCAUCAGUCGUCGCCGACAUCGGGCGAAUGUGUUUAUGAUAAAACGUGAACGAAAUUGAAACGUAAUCAAGCGAAAGUUGGAAUCAAACACAUCAUAGGAGGACGAGUACCAGUACGAGUAAACGGAUAGGAAAUUAAGAGGAGCACAGGCCGCUUCAAAGGCUGUCUGUCAGUCAGCGUUCCGUUGGAGGAACUUCUGCCGGUUGUCCCAACCCCCGCUCUGCCCCCCCUUUGGAGGAAAACGCAUGAGUUCUGUCAACGAAAUGACAUGCAGCAUCUGUCUAUGUAGCCAUAGGCCCAGGACGUGAUGCUGUGUCGCAGUUAGAGUCGAUGCCUCCGCAGCCUCUCCUCCAUCCACCUCCGAUGAUGCUAUUUUUAUGAGGCCCCAGACUAUUGCAGACCGACGACGGAUGCGUGGCCCCAUGAAAAAUCAAUUAACACGCAAAAUUAUUAAAGACGAAAUACAAAAACGAAAUACAAAACGAAACGAGAAGCAGCUAAGGCUGAAGCUGCAGCUGAAGGAAAACUCUGAACGAAACUCUUCAUCGUGGUAGUGCCACUUGGGGUUCCGGAUCAGAGAGAAAGGGGAGCACCCCCCUCUGGCAGAGUCUCCUGUAUCUUUCUGCAACUUCAAAGCAGCUGCAACGGAAUGUCGCGCCUCUGCGGAUUAGGACUGCCGCUGCCACUGCUGCUGCUGCUGCUGGCCGUGCUGCAAUUGCUCCAUGGCGGCUGCCAAACUGUCGCAGCCAUGAAAGUCUCACUGUAUGGAGAUGGCUAUGUCUCGAUGCCGCUGCAGGAGGCCAAAAUGUCAACAAACAUACGCGUCAAGUUUCGCACCAAACAGGAGAACGCCUUCCUGUUCCUCGCCGCCGGACGUACCGAUUAUUGCCUGCUGCGCCUCGACAGCGGUCUCAUAACUUUCAGCUAUAAAAUCGAACGGGAUGUGGUGCAGUUGCGCUCGCCCAAGAAACAAAAACUAAACGAUCUGGAGUGGCACGAUGUGGCUGUGCAGCGCUUUGAGAACAACAUUACGCUACAGGUGGAUGGCUAUAUAAUGCGCAAACAGCUGCCGGGGGAAAUGUCAGCGCUGAACAUACAUUUUGGCACCUUUCUGGGCGGUGUGGGCGAUUUUACGGCUGAGUUUUUGAAUGAUGUGAUUGGCUUUCGUGGCUGCAUAUCGGAUGUCUUUUAUAACAACAUUAACAUCAUCAAACGAGCCAAGGAUCGCACGGGUCACACCACCAGCACGGGUGUGUCCUGGACCUGCAGCACAGAGUUCGAUGGGAGCAUAAAAGAUAGCAUUAGUUUCCUAAAGAAUGACUCCUACUCGCUGAUGCUAAAGGAAUCCCAUGCCACAGGAGAAACCCUCUCUUUGCAAUUCCGCACCAUGGCCAGUGCUGGCAUCAUCUACUUCAAUGGCGGCUUUGAUUUCAUACUGCUCGAGAUCGAGGAUCAUCGCCUGAAAGUGACCUUCAACAAGGCUGGCAGUCUGGUGCAGUUCAUGACAAAUGAGUCCAUAUCCGACGGCAAAUGGCAUCGUGUGCUCCUCCGCUAUAACGCGGCCAUAGCAGAGCUGCAUCUGGACGAUGCCACCAGCGGCUAUCGCGGCGCACACGCUAAUGAGACCAAGGCGAGCAUUAAUCUCGAGAAGAGCGUCUUCUUUGGCGGCGUGCAGGAGGAGAUGCGACGCCGCCUGAUCGGCAAGGGGCUGCGCAUCAAUGAGAUCAGCUUCAAGGGCUGCAUGCGCGAUCUAAUGGUAAACGAUCUGCCCUUGGGCUUUGGCGAAAUGAGCAUAUCGCGGCACCUCGCCCUCAACUGCCUGUGGAAGUAUCCCUGCCAGGAGUACAAUCCCUGCCUGAAGAGCGGCAUUUGCAGUCAGCAUGGUGUGGAUGAGUUUAUAUGCUACUGCGAUCAGUCCUACUGCAUCAAGGCAGAUUUCCAGGGGCCCUUUAAGAUCUUCACUGAAACCAGUCCCGAGCUGGAACUGCUGUAUGUUUCGCCCAUGCAACUGCUGGAAGGUGGCACUGCCUUCUUGUCACCCCAUUUCAUAGACAUCAUACUCGAUCUGCGUCGCUAUCCCAGCCUCAAUGAGCAGUCCAUCGUCUUCCAUGUGGUGCAGCAGCCCAAGUACGGCCAACUGCUGCAGUAUUCCGCUGAGAAAUCCAACUUUGUGGCCUGUCGCACCUUCAAUCUGGUGGAUCUGGCCACCGACAAGCUCAAGUAUGUGCACAAUGGCAUGGAGAACUUCAACGAUCAUGCCACGCUGGAUAUGCAGAUCUAUGGCGACAUUCACAAGAUACCCGAGAAUAUUCUGGGCAAGCAUCGGUUCCUGCUCCAUGCGAAUAUCACGCCAGUGAACGAUCCGCCACAGCUGCGGCUGCACUUGCACAAGAUUCUCAGGGUGAUUGAGGGCAUCGAACGGGUGCUGGAUGUGGACUUGUUCAACAUCGAUGAUCCCGAUAGCGAACCGCAGACUCUGAUCUACACCAUACUGCCCUCGGCCAAGCCCCAAGAGGCCUUUGGCUGCUUCAUGGUAGGGGGCGUCUCCACAUCGACCUUUUCCCAGGCCGAUGUGAACGAGGGCAAGGUUUCGUAUCAGUACAACUCCACCACAGCGGAGUCCUUCAGCUAUCAACUGCAGCUGCAUGUCUCCGAUGGCAUCGAAACGAGCGAUACCGUCUAUCUGCCCGUCUCGGUGCAUCCCCUGGAGCUGCGGCUGGUCAACAACACGGGCCUGAUCAUGAUCCACAAGAGCUGGCUGCUCUUGACGCCCGCGAAUCUCUCGAUUGGCACCAAUGCCGUCGACGAGCACAUAGACAUACGCUACGAUGUGGUCAAGGCACCGCAGCAUGGAGUGCUGCAGCGACUGCGACAGAUUGAUGGCUCCUGGGUGAACGUGGACUGGUUCAGCGAUAGCCAGCUGCUGCUCGGCCACAUACGCUAUCUGCACAACAGCGAUUUCCCUUGGCAAGACGAAUUUAAGUUUAUUGCCUCGUUUGGCUUUGUGACCACGCAAACGUUCGACUUCCGCAUCACAUUCACGCGCCUUCGCAUAACCAGCAGCAGUCCAUCUUUGAUUGCCAUCAAUGGGACGCGGGACGUUCUGCUGACCAACGAGAUGCUGUCCUAUGGCACCACACCCAUUGGCAGCUUCCCGCGCAGCGUCAUCUACAAGAUUAGCCAGCCGACCCGUUAUGGGGGGAUCUUUGUGGAGGGAUCGCGCAAGGCGGCCAAGCAAAUGGAUUCGUUUACCCAACAGGACAUUGACAAACGACGCAUACGGUAUAGGACGCAUCACACGAGCUACUCCAGCUUCAGCGAUCGUCUGGAGUUUGUGGUCUCUGUGGCGGAGUGCGAUGAUGUGGAGGGAGCACUGGAGAUUGCCUACAGACCCCCCGAUGAGCUAAUCAACAAGCUGGGCUAUCAGGCCCGCGAAGUGCUGCAAGUGCAGGAGGGCGAACGGGCACUGAUCACCAAGAAUCACUUUGGCAUCCGCUUCAACAUCUACGAGAGUCUGCAGUUCCAGGUGUCGGCGAGUCCCGAGCAUGGUGUCAUCUGCAAAUACGACGAGCAGACGGGUCUAACCACCCCACUGGAUAUGUUUACGCUGGAGCAGCUCUUCCGUAACGAUAUCUACUACUGUCACGAUGACACGGAGUCCACCAAGGACAGCUUUGAGUUGCUCAUCCUCUCUGGCGAUGAGACGGACCUUCAGUUUGUGUCCAGCAUGGAAGUGCGCAUCAAGCUGGUCAACGACAACGAACCCUAUCGCACGGCAGUGGAGCGGGUCUUUCAUGUGGUUAGGAACGGCAUUCGCACGCUCAAUCCCACGGUGCUGCAGUACCUCGAUGCCGAUGUGAACACCAACCACACGGACAUCCACUACAUCCAUGUGUCGAGCACAAAUGGCGCCUUCUACAAGUCCGGACAGUACAUCGACAGCUUCAGUCAGGAUGAUAUAGCGAAUCGUAGGAUUAUGUUCCAGCACACGGGACCCGAUGCGGGCACAGCCUCGUUUAUAGUCACCGAUCGCCAGCAUGAGGUUAAUGGUCUACUGGAGAUCCUCGCCUCGGAUCCAUUUGUCUCCAUGCUGCCCACCAAUGCCUCCAUAGCCCAAGAGGGAAAGUUUGUGGUGCUCAAGAAUCCUGACUUUGUGCUGGAAACGAAUUUGGACAUGAAACUGGAUGAGAUCUACUACGAGGUAAUCAAGCCGCCCUCCUACGGCAUACUCAUGUAUCUGGGCAGACAGCAGAGUGGCACAGAUCUGGAACAGAACGGUACAACGAUCUACAAGGCCACCAACUACACUUCCCUGAGUAAUUUCACACAUUUGGACAUUGAGCGGGAGAGAUUGGUGUACUGGAAUACGGAAAUUGCAUCAAUGGACAAAGUUAGAUAUCGAGUGCACAUCAAAAACAUAACAGCCGAGGGAGAGGUCGUGUUCCGCAUAUAUCCCUCUGCCUACUGGGAGCCCCUGCAGGUCAAACAGAACCACACGCUGUAUGUGGAGGAGUCCACCAGUGUGCUGAUAUCCAGAGAUGUACUAGAGGUUGUUCAUCCCAAUAUAUCCCCGGGGGAUAUUACUUUCCUGGUCACAUCCUCGCCCAUGCAUGGCUAUCUGGAGAUGCAGUCCAUGUCCUUUGACGAUGAAUACAACUGCAAGGUGUUCGAUCAGUCAUCGGUCAACACCGAAAAGAUGUUCUACAUUCAGGCGGGUGUCAAUCAAUCCGCGGACUACUUUGUGUUCGAUGCCACCAAUGGCAUCACGUGGCUGCAUCAGCUAGUGCUGAAGAUUGUCAUCAUACCCGAGAAGCUGUACAUGCACUCGAACAUUGUGUCCGUAGUGGAGGGCAAGACGGUGCAGCUCAAUCCCACAGAUGUGCAGCCCUAUUCGGAGUACUAUCGGGGCAAGAUACUGGAGUAUAUUGUGACCAUAACACCAACGGCUGGACACAUACUCGCUGGCAACUCAAAGGUCAAGCGGUUCACGCAGAAACAACUCGAACAGGGCUCCAUUCAGUACGUGCACAAUGGCAGUGAGAACUCCACGGAUACCAUCACCCUGGUGGCCAUGGCCAGGAACAAGGAGAGUGUUCCCUUCGAGCUGGAAUUCGCUGUGGUUCCCGUGAACGAUGAGGAGCCCAUGAUGGUCACCAAUACCGGUCUGCAAGUGUGGAACGGAGGUCGUUAUGUCAUCAAGAAUACGGAUCUAUUGGCCCAGGACUACGAUACUCCGCCAGAGAAUCUCACAUACAUUGUGCACCACAUCUAUGGCGGCUAUUUGGCAGAAAAGUCUGCACCCCAACAGAAAAUCGAACAGUUUACCCAGAGCCAAAUCAAUGGGGAGAAAAUCUACUUUAUGCACGACUCAAACUCACGCAAGAACGAGCUCUCCUUUGUCGUAACCGAUGGCCUGUUCAAUACCACCACCCAGCUGCUGAGCAUCGAAAUAAAACCGAUUGAGAUACUCGCGGAUCACAAUGAGAAUUUGCAUGUUUUUCCGCUGACAAAGAAGCAAAUCCUGCGCGAUCAUUUGCACUUCAAGUGCUCCGACGAGGAGCGGGAGAUACGCUACAAUAUCACAGUGCCCCCGAGUCUGGGUCGCAUCGUGAAUGAGUAUGUGGGCAAUGGCUUCACCAAGGAAGUCAGCGAAUUUACCCAAACGGAUGUGGACAAUGGGCACAUCUUCUACGAGCACACGGCUGUGAUCAUGGAGUUUCGCAUCAAUGAUUCGUUCUACUUCGAUGUGGUGGCGGAGCGAAGUGAUCGCCUGUUGGAUCAGAAGUUUAACAUUGAAAUAUCGGUGUCAUCGGGUGGCCUGUUGAGGUUUCUGCCCGUUUCAAAGCUCAGCGUAGAUGAAGGCGGCUCGGUGCCCAUUAAGCUGGAUUUCUCCAAGAUUCUCGAAUAUCUAAAGGCUCGCGCGGGCAUUAACAAUCCCGAACUGUUCAUAGAAGCCGUGCAAAAGCCCGCACAUGGCAGCAUAGGACUGGGCCAUGAGUUCAAGCAAAUACAGCGAUACCAUCCCAGUGAUUUCUUCACGAAAAAGGUCUACUACAUACACGAUCAUUCGGACACGCUGGAGGAUACCAUUCUGAUGUCUGUCUAUCUGACGCAAGGCAAUAUAUUCCUGUGCAAUCUGACAAUUCCCGUUUCCAUCAGUCCGAUCAACGAUCAACCCUUCCAUUUGAUCACCCAUCUGCCGCAAAUGGUGGUGGUGGAGGGUGAGAAUCGAACGAUAACACGAAAUGAUUUGCUCACCGAAGAUGCGGACACACCGCCCGAGGAGAUCAUCUACGAUGUGAUGAGCGGCCCCACACUGGGAGUGCUCAGGAAGCUGACCAACGAUGGCCAGGCGGAGGAUCUGCUGGCCUUUUCGAAUCAAUUCACCCAGGCGGACAUCAACAACGAUCGGAUUGUGUAUGUGCACUUUGGCAUGCCGCAGUCGACCACCUUCUGCUUCACUGUCUCCGAUGGCCAGUCGAAUGCGGCCUAUGAGAUAUUUACCAUCAAGAUAGCGCCAAUCAGCCUGCUGGCAGCGCCCAUUCAGCUGCCAGUGAGUGUGCAACAGGGGGCCACGAGUGCGCCCAUGAAACUGCAGCACAUUGGCCUGCAGACGAAUGUGCAGGUGGAGCGAUUGUCGUACAACAUCACCAAUUCCCCGCUCUAUGGCAUCAUUGUGUUCAAGCAUCAGCCCACGCUGAGGUUCACCCAACAGCAGCUGGAAACGGCGCAGAUCAGCUACAUGCAAACGGAUCUCAAUCGGUCCAACGACACGUUCCAGGUGAGCGCCUAUGUCCCAGGCAGCAACUAUGUGGCCCAGGUGGACGUGGUGAUGGCCGUGGAGCCCGUCAUACAGAUCAACAACAUUGCCAUGAAGACCGAGGCCGAGUCCAGUGCGAGUGCGAGUGCGAGUGCUGGCAGGGUUAAGCUCUGCACCUCACUGGACAAUGACAAUCCGCUGUCGCUGAAGCUGAACAAAUUCAAUCCCAAGUUUGUCAUCACUCGAAUGCCAGCCACGGGCCAAAUACGAAAGAUUAUGCGCAGCACGGGACUCGCCAGCGAUAGCCAAAACGAGCGCUCGAGGAACAUCUUCUCGUACAAGGACCUGCGCAGCGGUGUGGUCUACUUUGUGCCCAACGAAUCUGUGGACGUCACAGAGGCCAACAACGAUAGCUUCGACUACCAGCUGCUGAUCAAGACGGUGCAGCCGGCACAGGCCACCGUUACCAUAGAGUAUCGCAGUCCCGUGGAGGAAGCGGAGACGGUGCAUCUGGGGAGCACUGAGAUAUCCAUUAACUAUCUGGCCGUGGGCUGUGCCGUCGCUAUCCUGAUCUUCUGUCUGCUGAUUGUCGUGCUGAUCUUUAAGCUGCGCAAACUGCGCAAGCACAAGGCGGACAUAUCGAAGGAUCAGCCGCCUGCCCUGCCCUGUCCACCGGAUCUGACCUCCGUGAGUCCGCAGCAUCAUAUGCAGCACCAUCACCACCAUCACAGCAGCCAUCACUAUGCCAGCUCCGAGGCGGACUCAGUGCCAGCCACAGGGAACUCCACGCCGCUGCCCGGCUUCAGCAACAUCCCGCACUGCAAGAUCAUACCCGUGGAGUCGUACAAGCACGAGUUUCCCGACUACGAUCCGGAUGAGGAUGAGACCGACGACCAGUGCGAUCCUCAGCAGAUGAUGCUGCCGCAGCGCUACAAUCCCUAUCACCUGGAGCACGAUGCCUGGAGCUCGUCCUGCGACAUGGCCAACGAUUUUGCGGGCUAUGCCUCUGUGCCGCAGAGCAUUUCGGGUUCAGUCAGCUCCCCGCCCUCGGCACCGCCAACGAAUCCCUUGCUGCGACGCAAUCAGUAUUGGGUUUAAGCGAUUGUUCAGAUAUCAGAUACGAUUAGUCCCUAGGAUAUUUAUAUAUACCGUACUCUAUUUAGGCGUAAGUUGAAGGCUGAUUUAUGAGAUUCGCACAACUCUAGGAUACGGACAGACUUGUUAAGCUUGUUAGCAAAGCAUUUGAUACCACUAUACAUUAUAUACAUACUUACGCACAUAUCUUAUCUGGAGUGUCAUAUAUGUACUUUUAUGUCGAAAUUAGGGUGCAGCAUGCGCGAGAGUUAUACUCAACAACUAGUUUUAAGACACUUUUGCCAACUUACAUUAGCCCUAGCAUUGUGUUUGCCAACAUGGAAUACUUAUUUAAAUAAAUGACAAUACUU